CCGACACCGACACCGACACCGACAUCUCAAAGGGACGUUCUGUCCCCCAGCAGUACCACUUCCACUCCCAUAACAGCAUCCUUCACCAGUCGUUCUCCGCCUACCUUCUCACAUCUUUCGUCAUUUUCAUUGUCCGUCCCAGCUGGAAAACCGUCCUUGACAACGGAAUCGACAACUGGGAUAGAGGUUAGCUUUAGUUCUACAACAGACUCAACUUAUCUCACUGUUUCGACAUCUGGGGAAGUAGGAACAACAUCUAUGAGUGACACAGCCUUUUCUCCACAUCUUCAAACAACAGGCACUUACGUUACCAUUACCCGACCUACAAACCCAGACACAUCUACAGUUGGAACCCCUCCCCUCCACACAAUGUCAAAUAUUGGAGCUGGAUCGACAAAGACCAUUGGAAUGGGUAGCGCUGCCGUGCCGUAUGCGUCGACACUUGCUUUCAUGACGUCAUUGUCAUCAUAUUCCUCACUGACUUACGGAACAAACCUUCAGCACAGCUCAGACAGCUCAUCUUCCAUAGUUUCAUCUAUUUUGCCAUCUCGUGUAACAAAUGCCCCCGAGAUUUCUGCAACAGUUGAAUCUACACACGCCAACAGCAGUCAACAGGCUUUACUCCAAGCCACAAUUCUGAGGCUUAGAGAUGAAAAUUCAGACCUCGAAAGUCAAGUGACGGGUCUAUCUGUGGCCACUGGAAUCCUGGCUGCUUUAGUCGUGGUCCUUGUUGUACUCUUUGGGCUCUACAUGUGGAUUCGGAUGCGUCGCAAAAAGACCCGUGCACACAAAAACUACAUGAACAACAUAGAAACACAUGAACGGGCCGAGAGCCAGAAGACCACGACCUACUUCCGACCUCAGAGUUCUUACGACAUGCUGGACACAGGGCGCGGUUCGAGUGUGCUGUACAUCAAGUCCAACACAUCCGACUCUACAGAUGACGGUGGUUUCGUCUCGUUCUCUUCCCCACAGUCUCGAAAAGGUCAAGGAACUGUGGCCCCAGCUUCUCUCGAGCCUUGUAUAAUUGAGGAGAAAGAAGGGGGGAGAGUAAAUGAGACUGAAGUAAACAGUAAACUCGCGGACUCUACUUUCGGAUCCCGCAAGAAAGGGGAGAUAAAUGGCAAUACUUGUGAGUUAGACCACGAGGAGACUGAUGGACUUCAGGAAGGAGACUUUGUAGAAGUAGAACUUCGAAAUUAAUAACAACAGAUUCUAAAUAUAACGACUAUAAACCUGUAAUAUUUCUGAGAACCAAAGGGUUCACUAUUAUCAAAUACGACCUACUGAAGCUCCCACCACCUUCUUUCAUUCCGACAUGCCAGAUAAACAAUAAACGAGUAGCAUGGUAGUCUGCACAGACAUUGAUGGAUAUGCUUACUUCUUAUACCACAAGGCUAUCGUUAGAAUCUAUACCUCUACGAUCGAAAAAAAGAAAGAAAAAUGAAAACAAAGUUGACUUUUUCAAAAUUUGAUCUGGAGAAAUUUUCGUUAGAGAGCCCUGCAGUAAUCAGCACACAGACAUUUUCUGUAACGAGAAUUCAACUUUUUGAUCUUUUAAUCAUAAUUCAAACAUACUAAAAUUUCAGACAACCAAGCAGUAAAAUCCUGAAAAAGUUUUGCUUCUUUGUGCAUGUAUCAAAACGAAUAUUACCACUGUCUCUCAAACAACGAUAUGAGGACACGUAGUCAAUACCACUACUUAGUCUGAUAAAAAUUAAAUGGUCUUCAAGUCAAAGGAAUUGUUGAAGUAGAGUUCAGUCACUGGGAAGUAAAAAUGUAUCGAGUUCCCAGCCAUUGAAAUGAUUCAAAACAUUAUUAUGUCCCUUUAAACGCAAGUCUGACACUGUGAUAUAAUCGGUGACACAAUUUACCUGCUUAUUGGAGGUACAUUUGCUUGUUUGCUAGUGUUUACGUUGUCUAGAAUGCAGAGGGCUGCUGUUGGGAUGGGGUAAAGUGGGGGUGUCCGUGUCCACACAGAAACUGGCGUCUUUUUGGUCUUAUUGAGUUGAAAACCAACUUAGAAUCUCCAAAAGUUGGCAAGCACUCACAUUAGCUGGCAACACCAAGGCUCUAAACGAUAGCUUGUACAAUCAAUUCUCUUGCCGUUGGGGUUGUUGUCUUCUGUUUUGCUUUUAUUGCUUUCUUUUUUAGCCUGUCAUCAUUGAAGUUGAACUCGAUAAAAGGAGUUCCAUUAAGUAUGUCACUGAACAUCAUUACAAGGGAAUUGUACUUUGGUGGGAUGUUAAAUAUCUGAUAAGCUAUGCGUAUACCGAGUGUACUUUGUUCUCGAAGACGUGAAUCAUUGUUUUAAAAUUACAGUCUUUUGCAUACU